AUGUCCACGCAUCCUACCCAAAACUCCACCUCCCAAAGCUUCUUCGUCGGCACCAUCUUAACCCACGAUAUCCAUACCGGGGACUCCACCAACCCUCUGGCCAUCUACAGCGACCAAGUGAUUACCAUCGGCCGCUCGACGAAAUGCGAUUACGUUAUCAAGAGCAGACACGUCUCGCGGAAGCAUCUCCGCAUUCAUACCGUGGUCUUCGACCGCGACAACCCCAGCGAGAUCGCUCCGCUCGUUUACGCGCAGGACCUUUCCAUGAACGUGACCACCUGGAACGGCUACCCCAUGGGCCGUUCGGCCGGCGGCUUCCUGCUCACCCACGGCGACAUCCUCUGCCUGAAGGGCGACAAGUUCCUCAUGUUCAAUUGCCCGGACCGGGUGUAUGAUAAACAGACGCCGUAUGACCUGCAGCAAGAGGAGAUGCAGGUCUUGAACCGCGGCCAAUAUAUCCUAACUUACCGUAAACUCGGGCUUGGAGGGUUUGCAACGGUUUACAUGGCAUAUCGGCGAGACAAUGGACGGCAAUUGGCGUGUAAGGUCCUGGAUCUGCGGCCACUUAGAGAUCAGGUUAUCCGAUCGGUGAGAGCAGACCUCGCCAACCUCUUCGAGCACCAUGAGUUACAGCCUUCCGGGGAGGCUGGGGAAACUGGGGAAGCUGGGAAAUCCGGGGAAUUCGGGGCUAUGACGCAGUUCGAUGACCUGGUGUGGAAGAGGUGGACGGAGAAGCGCGAGCUUCUGCGGCAGGAGGUUAUGAUAUUGAAGGAGCUGAGCCAUCCCAAUAUUGUGAGCCUCGAGAAGGUGGUCUGCUUCCCUGAUACAUACUACAUCUUCCAGGAUCUUCUCACGGGAGGGGAUCUCUUCUCCUAUAUGCAAUACAAAGGAGGAAAGCUUGGUAAUAUGGAGGCCGCAGCGGUAGUACGGCAGAUCCUCAUGGCACUCGACUACCUUCAUGACCAAAAUAUUGUCCACUGCGACCUGAAACUCGAUAAUAUCCUCAUGACAACGCUGGAAGAGGGGGGUAGGGUUGUUCUCACUGACUUUGGCUGCGCUACACGGUUGAAUCAUCCUAUGGAGAGAAUGUCGGCAACGACGGGUACCAUUGCGUAUCGUGCUCCUGAGAUGCUCGAGAGACGUUACACCAAAGCUGUCGACAUGUGGUCUGUGGGAUGUGUGGCAACCAUCCUACUCACCGGAGAGCUUGUACCCGAUAGUUCGUUCGAAUCGUGGGCGGACUUUGUUGCUCAGGACACUACUAUGUUCAAGCUUUUGAGUUUCUUUUAUGUACAGAAGCUCAGAAUCCGCGCUCAAAACUUCAUCUGCCGCCUGCUUGAGAUGGCGGAGGACAAGCGCAUGACGGCCAAGGAAGCUCUGGAGCAUGAAUGGUUCAGCAAUCGCAGUCACGGGACCUCAUUCCAAGACCUGUACAGCCGGGCAUGCAAGGGCUGGGUGCCUCGGACACCCGGAGACCCAAUCGUGGAGCUGUCUAGCUACGCGAAGGAGUUUGAGCCCAACAAAUCACCCAGAUGCUAUAGCGGGGUGAGAUCUAGCCACGGUGACACGGACGAGGACGAGGAAGACCAACUGUCACGGGCUUCCACGGUGCCAGAUACAGCCUGCCAUCUUGAGGCGUCGCCUACCUUGUCGGAUCCGGUGCUUCCGCCAAUGACAAAUCGGACCAGUUCAGAUGAAGUGGCCGUGGAGGAGGAAGAAGAUGAGCUCGAGGUAGAUGAGGACUAUGAAGACGGGGAGGGGGAGGGAGAGGACGUGGAUGAGGGCGUGCAGUCGGCUUAG